AUGGUGUCAUUUCAUUCAUUGGGAUAUGUGCAUAACGAAACCGUGAAUAUCUACACCCACCUGCUGCCAGCCAUAUCAUCAGUACCAUUUGCCUUUUACCUAUACAAAGCCAUUUCCGCACGAUAUGAUAGCGCUACGCAUGGUGACGUGCUCGUGUUUAGCUGCUUCUUUGCCGGGACCGCUUUCUGUCUUGGUAUGAGUUCCAUUUACCACACGAUAUCCAACCAUUCUCCCGCAGUCGCGCGAAUUGGAAACGCGAUGGACUACAUUGGCAUCGUCGGCUUGAUCACAGGCAGUUUUAUCCCAAGCGUAUAUUAUGGCUUCUACUGCAUGUCCAGAUUCAAGAAAAUAUAUUGGACAAUGAUAUUGCUGAUCGGGGCUGGGUGCACUGUCAUCUCGAUCAUGCCACGCUUUAGAACUCCUCCCUGGCGGCCGUUCCGUGCUGGCAUGUAUGUUUCCAUGGGACUCUCCGCCGUCUUCCCGGUGCUACAUGGUGUAUCGAUCUUUGGGGUGGAACUGAUGUUGAAGCAAAUCGGUCUAUUCUGGCUCGUGUUGCAGGGCGCUUUGUAUAUAAUCGGAGCGGCUGUAUAUGCUGCGCGAGUGCCCGAGCGAUGGUAUCCUGGCGGGUUUGAUGUCCUAGGCAGCUCUCAUCAGAUAUUCCACGUCCUUGUUGUUUUGGCAGCGAUCUCACAUUUGACCGGCCUUCUGCAAGCGUUUGACUAUCGGCAUAGCGGUUUAGCGUUAUCAUGUUUAUAA